CCUUUUACUUGCAGCAACUAAAAGGACUGGAGUGCAGUAAGACUGAUUCAAUCCACAUCCAAAUAUAAGUCUCCACCCCUGCUGUAAGGCCCACAUCUAAAUCAGAACAAUGGAUGAGCAGUCUGUGGAGACACAGUCCAAUUCUGGAUUCGUCAUUGCUGACUAUGCCGUCUUUGCUGCCAUGCUGUUGGUCUCUAUGUCCAUUGGACUCUUCCAGGCCUUGAAGAAGAGUUCCAGGAACGCAGAUACUGAUGAGUUCUUCACCGCAGGUCGGAGCUUGUCAGCCGUUCCUGUCGGACUUUCCCUCUGUGCCAGUUUUAUGUCAGCGGUCCAGGUCCUGGGAGUUCCAUCGGAGGCUUCCCGCUACGGCUUGAAAUUCCUCUACAUGUGCCUGGGGCAGAGCAUCAACGCCCUGCUCACAGCUUACUUCUUCCUGCCUGUGUUUUAUCGACUGGGCUUCAGCAGCACCAAUCAGUAUCUGAAGCUCAGAUUUGGACGGGGAAUGCAGCUGUUGGGGAGCAUCCAAUUUUUGGUGGCCACGCUUCUUUACACGGGCAUCGUCAUCUACGCUCCUGCCCUAAUACUGAACCAAGCUACUGGACUCAACCUGUGGUUGUCUUUAAUUUCUACGGGGGUGAUCUGUACUCUGUACACAGCGAUUGGCGGAGUUAAAGCUGUGGUCUGGACCGACGUCUUCCAGAUCAUCGUCAUGAUGAUAGGCUUCGUGGCCAUUUAUAUCCAAGGAACAGUUCUGGUCGGUGGCCCCGCUGCGGUGCUUGAGAUCGCCAGGAAUGGAUCACGGAUUAAUUUUCAUGCCUUUGAGGUCAUCCCACAGCGACGCUACACCUUCUGGACCCUUACAGUUGGGGGUGCAUUAGUUUGGCUGUCCAUGUACAGUGUGAACCAGGCUCAGGUGCAGCGCUACAUCUCCUGCAGGACUGAGAGACAAGCCCAGCUGGCUGUGCUUGUGAACCAGGUGGGUCUGUGCACCAUCGUGGGCUCCGCAGCCAUCUGUGGCAUCGUCAUGUUUACUUAUUACGGCCACUGUGAUCCACUCAAGUCUGGAAAAAUAGCUUCACCAGAUCUGUACAUGCCGUACUUUGUGCUGGACAUAUUCAGGAAUCAUCCAGGUUUCCCAGGCCUUUUCCUGUCUUGUGCCUACAGCGGCACUCUGAGCACCGUCUCCACUAGUAUCAACGCCAUGGCCGCAGUAACGAUGGAGGAUCUGCUGCAACCUCAUCUGAUCCACAUGAGCCAGAAGAAAAAGAUUCUUCUCUCCAAAGGACUGUCCUUCCUGUUCGGAGUGUCUUGUAUCACAGUGGCUGGGCUCUCCUCACUCGUGGACCUGGGAGUCCUGCAGGGAUCUUUUACUGUCAUGGGUGUGGUCAGCGGUCCCAUACUGGGAGUAUUCAUUUUGGGAAUGUUUGUUCCGGCGACAAACAGGCUGGGGGCUUUCUUUGGAAUCGCAGCAGGUUUCUGUGUCUCCUUGUGGCUGGCUAUAGGUUCAACUCUCUAUCCACCUAAUGAAAAGACAAUGGGCGUCUUACCCAGCUACACUGACAGCUGUCCGGCUGGUAACGUCACCCUGUAUGGCCCCGACCUGGAACAACCCGCCAUCUCCACCCGUCUCCAUCCCAGCAACCAGGGUGGUCUGCACAACUUCUACCACAUGUCCUACCUUUACUUUGGUGCCAUGGCGACCAGUUCAGUGGUGCUGGUGGGGCUGAUAGUGAGUUAUGCCACAGGGCCGACAAAAAGAAGUGAUAUCAAGGAAGGUUUACUGUGGUGGGAUUUGAAUAAAAAGCAGGUGGACGGCCCUUCAGAGCACAGGGUGUCGAAAAUGUGUCCAUGUCUGCGCAAUGCAUGCUGGGAUACCCAGCAGCCACAGAAAAAUAAGGGACACAGGGCAACAGAUAACCCUCAGCUUGUGCCUAUGAAUACCUUACACACGGACAACUGGGAUGCCAGUUCCCCGUUGAAAGUCUCAACUAACUAAAGAUUGUUCUUCCAAAAAUCAUGUAUGGUGGUGGCUUCUCUGUUCCUCUGUUUCACUUCAAAACUUUCAAAGUUUUGUCCUUGCCUAUACUUUAAAUGGUGCUACACAAUAUGAGAAUAUUAGGAGUUCCACAUAGAGGCACUUGAUUCCUCUUCUGACAGUAAUUAAGAAUGUACUCCAAUGUCAGCAGGUGUUAUUUGAAUUCUUUAAAGCUCUUUCAUCGGGAUGUUAAUUCUGGAAUGUUCAGUAUCUGUAUGUGUGUACACCUGUGCUGUGUGCAGCUGGUCGUCGUACAAAUGUGGCACACCUGAGAAAUCAACAAUGUGGUCUCUUUGAAAGAAUAUUAAAUCAAACCUAGCACUUGACACCAGAAUCCCUUUUGAAAUUCCUACUGGUCAGAACUAGUGCUGCAGCCAAAACAUUACUGUAGGUAAUAUUCUAAUCCCAUUAUUUUGGCAUAAACAGAUUGUUUUUGUGUACUUGUUCACUUUAUAUGUUAAAUACAAUCACCAUUAGAUGUUCACACUGGAUGUCCAGUGACAUCACUUUUAUGAACUGGAGAACCUUCCAGUUGUCUUAGCAUAACCUUCUGAGGCCGAACUUCCUCAGCUCAGGGAAUCAUAUUCAACAAAACCCACAUCAUAGUGCACUUAUUUCACCACCUUUUUGUAUUAAAAUGUUGUAUUCAGAAAGUCGUUACAUAUAAACGGGACAACAGGUGACUGAGAACAAAGACAUUGGUGUCACUUGGUCAUUUAUUGCAUCUCAGUUUGUAACACUGAACCGGACAUACAAAACUAAUACAUUUACAGAAAAAUGUAAGUCUGUAAAUGUGUCGAAAUGCAAGUAUUUCUUGAAUGAUGCAGGAGUGUUGUUUCGGUGCUCAUUGGUCCUGAAGUCCAAGAAGCACCUGCGGCGCCGCGGCUUCACCAUUCAUCUGCGGCCCUGUUCGAGUCCUCGUCGGCUACAGCACAGUCCAAACGCUGGACACCGGGCAGCGCCAGGUCCCUUUCAUUCAGUUUCUCCAGGAACGACGUUAGCAGUCGUUUAUUUAAAUGGUCCGUCAGGGUUCUUUCCUCCUCCACCCGCUCUUUGGUGACACUUCUCCCUGACUCGUCUUCUUCUGCUUCGGUGUCUGCGCUGAGCUGCGGAGGCACCGAUCGAGGACUCACCGAGAAGCCAUUCGUCAGCUCAACGACCCCGGCCUGCUCCGUCAGGUUCACGACUUCCGGUACGGAUUCUGUCUCCAUUUGUGAUAUUAAUGUUGUCUGCAGGGCUGCAUUCUCCAGUUCUUUUAGGCGUUUACUGUGGAGGCAGUGAGCGGUAGCUUCAU